AUGUUCCCCACACUCCCCCUCCUCCGCGGUACAUCCCGCUCCUCGUGGCUUCCUAAACGUUUCCAAACCGGUCUCUACGACGGCCGCUCGCUACAAUCCGGUUCCUCGAUCGGCGAAACGUUCUCGUCCAAAACCCGACGAAGGUGGUUACCGAACGUCCAAACCAAACGCAUCUAUUCGGAAUCGUUGAAAGCGUUCCUCAAGUUGAAGGUCACCACGGGCGCGUUGAGGACUAUGGACAAGUGUGGCGGUUUGGAUCAGUACCUUUUUAGGAUGAAACAAGAGAGAUUGGGCAAGAAGGGGCUCGAGUUGAGGCAAAUGGUGAGUAGUGCGCUUUGGGGGAGUUUCGUGUGGGCAGGAGAUACUGAUACUAUGAGCGAGUAA